AUCUUUGACUUCAUAAACAUCAUCCAUGUGCUAUGGGUAAAGCCAAGAGAAAAAGGAUGAGUCAAGCAGAGAAGAUUGAGAAUAAAAAAGAAAAGAAAAAGGCGAAAUACGAUCACAAUGAUGAGCAAGAAAAAGACAUUGUUUGUACAAGUUGCCACCAAAAAGGACACAAGAAUGCAAAAUCUUCCUUAUGCCCAAAUCGAAAGUUAACAAAACAAGAAGAACUUCAGCAGCUCAUGGGGAAUCGAAAGACAACAACAGUCAAAACAAAACUAGAAACUAUUCUGCGUCCUGCCCAUAGAAACAUAAAAGACAAAAUAAUCAAAGUGUCCAAAGACAUUAGGAACAUUUUGGUUCGUGCCCAGCUCUUUGUGAAUUACUAUAUCAUGACUCACAAUGGACUUGUUGUCGAUAAGAAAGUCUUCACUCAGAACUUCUGGUAUUCUAUCAGUCAAUUGGUAUUGGGCAAAACACCAACAAACAAAAAGCUACUUCCAGGCGACAUUUUUAGCAGCUGGGGAAGUUUCUCAAGUCGAUACAAAGAAAUAGUAUAUAGAAUGGAUAACCCCGUUGCCGGAUACAGUCAAUGCCUGACUGCUGCCUGUGUUGAAGUAGCAACAUGCUAUAAUAAUAUGAUUGUUGAAUGUUUUUAAACAUCGAUUCUUUAUAUUGUACACUACACACUCUUAUACACUUAUAUACAUAGUUAAAUAGCAAAUAUGUUCAAAAGCUUGCUGAAUACGGCUACCAGUAUAUCUGUGAUGGUCAAGCAACAUGGCCUGAGGAUAUUACAGAUAUAACGAUCGAUGAAAGAACUGCCAUAAAUUCUCUCUGUAAAGAUCUCUUGAGAAUAGAAAUGCCUAAGCCAGUUACGGUCAAAAGUUUGGCUGCAUCUCUGGGAUCAUAUAUACCAAUGCUUAGAGAG